AUGUCCCAGUCUAACACAAGACCACGUGUUGGGCUGAUUCAACUUCACCCAAUUGCAGACUCCACCAACGCUCAGAGUCUCGAGGACCUCGAAUUUGACAUUAUUGCCAUCCACGGCCUCGAUGCAGAAACCCCAAAGACUUGGGUCGCAUGGGAGGAAGCUGACAAUCCCCGAUCAAGACAGGUCAAUUGGUUGCAAGACGAUGAUAUGCUAACCAAGUUUUUGCCCAAUGCUCGGAUUUUAACAUAUCAGUGGAAUGCAAGAUAUGACGACGCUGCUUCCAGCGCGACAUUUAACGCGCAGGCCAUGAUGCUACUAGACGAUAUUGACACCGAACGUCACUUUAAAGGGCGAAGAGAGCGACCAAUUAUCUUUAUCGCAUCAUGCUUUGGUGGACUACUACUAGCCAGGGCUCUUGUGACUGCCGCUACUCCUGACCACGUUACACGCAGUGGAGACUCUAGCGCAGUUUUGAAGUACACAAUCGGUGCUAUUUUCCUAGGGACGCCAUUCCGCGGUUCUGAAGCAAGAGGGAGAAAAGCUGCUGAGAUUCGGUACGAAGUCGCAUUGGCGUCUGGAAAGGCAUGUAGUCCAAACAUGCACCAGUAUCUAAGGCAGGGCUCGAUGCAUGAGUCAAGCGAACUGGACGAGCUUAUCACGAGUUUUCAAGGCCUGAUCAACCAUCACGACUUCAGAUUCGACAUCACCUGUGCCUAUGAAACUCUGACAACAAAAACAUCGGCCUAUAAGAAGAGAUUAGGCGACAAGUACGAAGAGUUUGCAAGAGAGAGACCUGCCGAGUUUGUCGUUGUAGAUCACAACUCAGCUCGACUAGGUGGCACGAAGGAAUUAGCACUUGAUGCCAGGCAUAACAUGCUUCACAAGUUCAACUCUCCCCAAGAUCCCAGUUUCUUGAAGAUCGUACGGAGGCUACAAGAGAUUAUUGAGAAGAGCCAUGGAAUCAUGAAUCAGAAAGAUCACAUUCAAAAUAUUACACAUCAAAAUAGUCAAGCGAAAGACCAGAAGCAGCAAGACCAGAAGCAAGAAGAGUGGCAAGCGAAAUGCCUAGAAGCCUUAGAUUUUGACGGAAUCGACUAUGAGCCACUACAGUUGCGUGAGCCUGGAGAGACAGCCUGCGAAUGGUUAAUCAAAGAUCCUUCCUACUCCAAGUGGUAUAGUAAUGGGUACGGCAUUUUCUGGAUACUGGGACACGCAGGUACAGGCAAAAGCACGCUCAUUAAGCAUGCUAUAGAGAGCUGUGUGAGGCAAACUCGAGGGGGAAAUGAUCAGGACCCGACAGUGGCCUUGUCAUUCUUCUUCCACAGCCAGGGAAAGCUUCUCCAGCGUACAACAGAAGGCCUUUUCCGAGCUCUCCUUCACCAACUCCUUGAAAAGAUACCGAAAGAAAUGAAGCCCUUCGCCGACACAUUGGAUCUCAGAAAGUCCAGAUUGAACCAAGUUGGUAGGGAAGACAAGAUGUCCAGUACAAACCAUGAUGGUUCAAUAUGGCCAACUCCAUACCUGAUGAAACACUUUCAGGAUUCCGUCGAAAGGGUUCUCGAACGCUUCAAUAUCCGCAUAUUCGUUGACGCACUUGACGAAUGCAAGGAUACAGAAAGUAACGAAGACGUAACGAAAGAGAUGUACAAUUUGGUUAUUAAGAUGCAAGACAUGGCAGAAAGGUUACGCUCUAAGCCACGGAAAUUCAGUAUAUGCUUUGCCUGUCGCCAUGUUUCGCAGCUUGCGCGCUUGGAUGGUGAUAACCAUGUUUUUGCGCAAAAUGGCAAUAUGAAAGAUAUUGAGAAUUAUGUGUGCCAGGAGCUAGAUCGAGAGAUCACUAGUGACGAACACAGAGGUUUACGAGACACUCUGAAGAAGAAACUAUUACAGUCUGCCAAUGGCAACUUUCUAUGGGUGACAACAGUGGUGCCCAAAAUCCUUACCAUGUACCGUGGCGGCAGGCCGGAUCUUCUUGCUGAGCUUAGGAAAAUUCCUAGGAAGAUCGAGGAGUUUUAUGCGGCUACUGUCAGCUCUCUGGCCAAAGAAACAUGCGCAAUGUCGCUGAAAUUCUUCCAAUGGGUUUGCUUCGCAACUAGGCCAUUGGAAGUUCAUGAUAUUCGUUUCGCUAUCAAUAUUAUCCCUGAUAAGAAAUACCGGUCAUUUAAUGAGCUUCCUAAACUAUUUUGGGGUAGUACCGAUGAGGAGAUGAAGAACCUUGUCUGUACCCUAUCUGGGGGCCUUGCUGAAGUCAGGAAUUCGACGGUGUUUUUGAUCCACCAAUCUGUCAAGGAUUACAUGAUUGGCUCUGGGUUUUAUCGUCUUGACCCAGAGCAAUACGACACUCAACGGGUACUGAAAUAUGGUCAUGAUCUGCUGCUCACCUCAUGUCUAUGGUGGAGCGCAGAGAGUAGCAUAUUAAAAGCCUUUGAUUACUUUAUUGCUUCAUUCUCUCAGGAAAUCAUGUAUCUUGCUUUUGAUUCCGCCUCCGAGGAUCUUGGUGGAGACUUUGACUGCUUCCCAGACCUGAGCCUUGAGGAUAUUCGCGGCGCAAUAAAUAAUCUAAGUGAUCCAGAUCGACAGGCUAUUCGGAACUUUUCCAAACCAGAAAUUACUCAUGACUGGAAUAAAAGUCUUCCCCCGGAGUAUGCUAAAAGUACUGAGUCAUUGGAGUUCAAGGAGUGGCUUCUUGUUGACGAAGUGCUGGCUUGCCUUUUCGCCUGGAUAAUUAUCAUCAACAACACGCCCUCUGUUAUGGGAUACAUGUAUGCCGUUUCCAAUUGGGGAGAUCACGCUCUUCAAUCCCUCGUCAACGCGUCAGAGAGCGACGCAUCUGAUGCGCUCAAGGCCGGGCUUGAUCUUUUCUUCUCGAGGGCGGAUUCCACACACAUCCUCCUUCAUAACCUUGUAUUUCGCACAUUGCAUUCAGAAGCAUGCUUGUCAAAUCCCGUGAUUCUUGGGGAACUACUAAAACGAGAUGUUGAUAAACGUCUUAGUUUGAACUUAAAAGGACUGGAAAUUUCAACUCAACUGAUGGGUACUUCCGACAAAGCUAUCGGCGGGCAAACUGCACUAUUAAUAGCUAUCGAGGCAAAACAUCAGCCGAUUGUCGAAUCAUUGAUCAACAGUGGUACGGACCUUAAUCAUCAGGAUCAUAAUGGGUUAACGGCAUUGAUGUACGCUGUCCGAAGCGAUCAGGAUGAGAUUUUGAAGUUACUUUUGGAAAGGGGCGCGAGAACUGAAAUUCGGGAUAACAAGAGCUUGACAGCAGUUGAUCAUGCUACAGAUAGAUGUUUUGAAGGGCUUAGUCGCCAUAUUAUUGAAAAGAUCAGGAAAAAAGAUAGGGAAAGUUGGUUAUAA